AUGAAAUUACGUCGCAUAAUAAUUGCAUUGUUGCUUAUCAUCGGUGGCGGCUUGUUGGCCGAUGCAGCUUCUCAACAAAUGGCGAAUUUCGUAAAUCGACGACAACAAAAACUCAUUGAAGGCUCUAUGGAUGUAGAGGUGGAUCCGUGUGAAGAUUUUUACCAAUAUGCCUGUGGCAAAUGGGAGGAAUACGUUGAAGGAGCUGGCUUCGAAUUUGCCGAAACACUUAGUAUGAUGGACUUUCGGGCGAAUAAAGAUUUCAUGGAUUAUAUGAACAAACUGAAGUUGUGGAAGUCACCAAGAUUUGUCAAGAAGGCAUAUGCGUUUUAUAAAUCCUGUAUGGAUGUGCAGUUGUAUGAGUCGCAAUUGUAUUUAAAUUGGUUGGCAGAAAAUGAACAAUUAAAAUUGGCUUCAUUGUUUGGAGAUUUGGAAACAAACCAUGAUUUGGGAGAGGAGCAGCCGGUGGUGCUGGUAUUCGAUUGGAUUCAUACAUUGGCUGUUAUGUGGAAAUAUGGCAUGAAUGGUGUAUUCCUGGAGCUGACAGCAUUCUACCCCAAAGAAAAUCCAUUAAAAUUAACAAUUGAUUUGGACAAACCACUGGAGGUGGAAGAAGGUGGUGCUGGUUUCAAAUCCCUGACCUAUAGGAAUCUAAAGGAAAUCAUACGCUCCUUGGAUGGACUAGUAAAGCCAGGAGAAUUUUCAAAAAUAUGGAAUAAAUUUCAUAAAUUUGAGGAAAAACUGGUGGAAUUAAAGGAAACAACAAAUCUCCAACCAAAUGAAAGUGAACAAAUUGCACUUAAAGAUCUACCUUUGGAAAGGUUGGAAAAAUAUCUUCGCAUUGCCCUGAAUCAAACAAUUUGCGAUAAUCAAAUUGAAUUGUAUAUUCAAAAUGUGCAUUACUUUAAGGCCUUGGAUGAUCUGCUAAAGGGUUAUGAAAGUGCAUUUAUUUCCCAAUAUUUACAAAUACGUUUCCUGUGGCACAUGCGUGAACAGCGACCACCCAUAUUUACUGCUGAAGGUUGUAUUGUCCCCACCAGGGGUCUCCUCUCACUGGCCAUGCAUUGGAUUUAUGAACAACAAAAGCCUCACAUUGAAGAAGCGAUACCAGAAAUUCAAAACGUUGGCAAUUUGCCACGGUGGAAUACCUCAGCUGUAUUGGAAAAAUAUUACGAAAAUCUUACCCUUUCCGUAAAUGAUUUCUAUGGCAAUCAUUUGAAAUUAUUGGCUUUUCAAAUCGAAAAUAAAAAAUAUUUCUAUAAAACCCUAAAUGACUCGAACUAUUUCCACCUGGAAGAAUAUGAUACGGCUGCAAGUCCAUCACCCUAUUUCAUACACAAAGAUAAUAUGGUAAUGUUACCCAGUACAGCUGUACAGCGUCCUCUAUAUCAUCACGGACAUGAGGACGUAUAUAAGUAUAGUUCAUUGGGUUUCCUACUAGCCCAUGAAAUACUUCAUGCAUUCGAUAUCAAUGGCCUAGAAAUGGAUAGCAAUGGGAUGCUGAACUCCUCACAUUAUCACGAAAUUUUAGCCAACUCGAAAUUUACUCAACAACUGAAGUGCCUGCGCCGACUCAAUCCAAUGGUGAUAAAUGAGAAAAUUUCCGAUGUCAGUGGUUUACGCUAUGCCUAUGAAACAUUUUUCAAUCAACAUUCGGAGGCUGUGAAUCGCACCCGCCGCAUCUAUGGUCGUGAAAUGGCAUUGCCAAAAUUAUUCUUCUUAAAUUUUGCUCAAUUCUUUUGUGGCUCCAUUUCAUCGGUGUACUAUGUCAGUGUCAAUGAACAUGGCAGUGAUCGAGAUCGUGUAAAUGAUGCUGUUUCACAAUUUCCCGAAUUUGCCAAGGUGUUCAAUUGCAGUGUCGGCAGUCGAAUGCAAGCUAAUGAGAGUUGUAAUUUGUGGCGAUGA